AUGGCAAUCGCAAUUGAAGAGGUAUUUCCGAAUUCUCAUCAUCGUCUAUGUCUUUGGCAUAUUAUGAAAAAACUCCCAAUGAAGUUAGGUGGUCAUGCUCAAUACAAAAUGAUAAAGAAACAAUUGAAGACCAUUGUUUAUAACUCUCUUACAGUUGAUGAAUGUGAUGAGAAUUGGUUAAAAAUGAUUGAGGAGUUUAAGCUGGAGAACAAUGAUUGGUUGAAAUCUUUAUAUGAUGAACGAAAUAGAUGGAUACCUGUGUAUGUUAAAGAUCACUUUUGGGCUGGUAUGUCUACAACUCAAAGAAGUGAAAGUAUGAAUGCAUUUUUUGAUGACUAUGUUCAUUCUAAAACAUCUUUGAAGCAAUUUGUUGAGCAGUAUGAUAGUGCAUUGAAGAAGAAUAUUGAGAAUGAAAAAAAAUUGGAUUUUGUUUCUUUUAAUUCUAUCAUGCCAGUUAUUCUUGGUCAUUCUAUUGAAAGACAAUUCCAAAAUGCCUACACUAACAAUAUAUUUAAGUUGUUCCAAGAUGAAAUAAGAGGGUUGAUGUUUUGCGAUGCCUCUUUGUUGAGGGAAGAAGGGACAACUUUAAUAUUUGAAGUAGUAGAAAAUAUGUUGGGAAAUAAUGGGCAACCUGGAAGAGAAGUUUCCUUUAGGGUACAUUAUACUGAGUUAGAUUGCCAAUUGAAGUGUGUGUGUCGUCUGUUUGAGUUCCGGGGAAUUUUAUGUAGGCAUGUGAUCAAAGUGUUGAUGAGAAUGAAGGUUAUUGAGGUUCCUAUGAGUUAUAUUAUGGACCGAUGGCCUAAAGAUAUUAAGCGUGGGUAUCAAAGCAUCAGUAACAUAUAUGAUGAAUAUGGUUGUAGUGAAAAAAGACUUCGGUAUAAUACUCUCACCCCAUUGAUGCAAGAGGUUCAACAAAUUGGAGCCGAAAGUGACGAGCUUUGUUCUGUUUUGGUGGAAAUCAUGAAAGACACUAAGGAAAAACUUAUUAUUGCUAUGGAGAAUGGACAAUCAAGGGUUGGACAACUUGAAGAAACAUCUACAUCUGGGGCAAAAGUGAUACACUCUCCAUUGAAAGUAAGAACCAAAGGUCGUCCACCCACAAAAAGGAAACAAUCUAAGGUUGAACAAAUUAUGAAUAAAUCAAUUGCAAAGGACCGAAAGAAGGUUCAAGAUGGAAUGAAAAUUCAGGGAGAAUUUUAUAAGGCAGUUUUAGCUAUCAUUGGCUUUGAUAUCAUUGCUCUCUGCAGGCAAAAGCUGGUGCAGGCUCUGAACAUUGUCAAUGGUUGGACUCCAUGCCUUUCAUCAAAAUGUGUUUUUGUUAAGUUCCUUGCUAUAAAGGAGAAAGGAUUUCAAGGUUCCCUUGAAACUCCAAUCAGCUUGCCUUCAUGGCUCACAGAAGAAGAUAUAAAUUGCUAG